AUGAAUCCUUUUCACGGUGCCGACGGGAAGCAAAGACCGGCGAUGUAUCCGGACAUCGAUCAAUCAAUUCCGGAUAAUCCUUUCGCUCAGACAAACCCUUAUGCCGCUUCUGCCCCUAAUCUCUACCCUUCUCCCUCCUCGAACAAUCUCGGGCCUAAUCUUUUCCCGGACCACGGAGAUGCAUCCAACAACCAGUCACCGUCUGCUCCGCCUCAAGCGACGGAGGAGGUUCUCAUCCGUGUCCCGGGCUCCAUUCUCAACCUUAUCGACAAAUCCUACAGCGUCGAACUCGCGUGCGGUGACUUCACCAUCGUUCGAAUCGUCCAGGGCCAGAACAUCGUCGCCGUUCUCGCCAACGUCGCCGAUGAGAUUCAAUGGCCGUUGAACAAGAGCGAGGUAGCAGCGAAGGUCGAUGGGUCGCACUAUUUCUUUUCAAUCCACCCGCCAAAGGAAGAGGGUCACGGAUCUGGGUCCGACUCCGAUGGUGAGAAGCAGGGGAAAAAGAGCAAUCCGAAACCGGAGGACGAAAUUCUCAAUUACGGAUUGACCAUUGCUUCGAAAGGGCAAGAGAACGUAUUAAACGAGCUCGACCGGGUUCUCCGGGACUAUUGCUGCUUCACGGAGCAGAGGAUGUCUGAAAAGGCGAAGGAGACGGGAGAGGAGGUGCUGGGAAACUCCAUGGCUGCGGCGACUUCGCCGGAGGAGCUGAAGGGUGAGAGGAAAGACAUCGUGGAGGGUCAAUGCGCGGCGUAUUGGACCACACUCGCGCCUAACAUCGAGGAUUACAGUAGCAAGACUGCUAAGUUGAUAGCUUCCGGGUCAGGUCAGCUGAUCAGAGGGAUACUUUGGUGUGGGGAUGUAACCGUGGAGAGACUCAGGAAGGGAAACGAGGUUAUGAAGAACAGGCUGAGUCGUGCUGAAAAGGAUAAGGACGUUAGCCCCGAGACAUUGAGGAGGAUCAAGAGGGUCAAGCGAGUGACACAAAUGACAGAGAAAGUGGCGACUGGUGUUCUCUCUGGUGCUGUCAAAGUGUCCGGAUUUAUCACCGGUUCGGUGGCAAACUCAAAAGCUGGAAAGAAGUUUUUAGGCCUCUUGCCUGGAGAGAUCAUUCUCGCAUCCCUCGAUGGAUUUAGCAAGAUCUGUGAUGCUGUUGAAGUGGCUGGAAAAAACGUCAUGUCGACUUCAUCAACUGUCACAACAGAACUCGUCAAUCACAAGUACGGCACAAAAGCAGCAGAGGCUACAAACGAAGGGCUAGACGCAGCAGGACAUGCUUUUGGAACCGCGUGGGUUGCUUUCAAGAUCCGAAAGGCACUUAACCCCAAAAGUGUCUUAAAGCCUUCGACAUUGGCCAAAUCUGCUGUUUCUGAUUUAAAAGCUAAGAAAGGCUCCAAGUAA